UUGUUAGCGUUCUUUAAUGUUGCAAUUCGUUGUGGUGAGGGAAAUACUAUAGCCCCAAUCUGAAUCCCUGUGUGAUCAGAGAUGGAAGGGGGACACUAAGGGGUGAGGAUACAAUGUAUCCAGCUGCUCAGAGCGGAAAGAACUUUCUGUCGAGCUGGAAAUGCAUGAUCCGAUAGCUGGGGCGUCUGACCCUGAGCGCCCCCCUGAUCACUGAGGGCUAUCUCAGGACCCCUUCCUUUGCCUGAGUCUGUGCCGCAGCACCACCUCGCUCGCCAGGCAGGGAGACCAUUCCCUAUCUAGGUGGCAUGAGGUGCCCCCCACACCAUGAGAGAUAGAGGCUCCGGUGGCACAUGCUGUGAGAGUUUCCCGCCGGACCCCGCACCGCAGCCUCUCCCCGGCAGGCAGCACAGGACUCGGGGAGAGCCUCCGACACGCUGCCCGGGCCCCCAGCUGGCCACGGCGGACAGCAGCAGCUCUGGGAGCGGGCAGCGCAGAGCAAAGCACCGCAGCGGGCACAGGAAUAGCUACGUGGAGAGUCUAAUGGAUGAAGAUGACAAGGACAGAGCAAAGAGGGAUUCACGUAACAGGUCUGAGAAAAAAAGACGAGAUCAGUUCAACGUGCUUAUCAAAGAGCUCAGUGCUAUGGUUCCUGGAAACACACGCAAAAUGGAUAAAACCGCAGUACUGGCAAAAGUUAUUGGCUUUCUACAAAAACAUAAUGAAAUUGCGUCUGAGACAGAGCUCUGUGAUAUUCAACAAGACUGGAAACCAUCGUUCCUUAGCAAUGAGGAAUUUACCCAGCUCAUGUUAGAGGCACUAGAUGGCUUCAUUAUAGCUCUUACAACAGAUGGAAAUAUCAUAUAUGUUUCUGAUAGUGUAACUCCACUGCUUGGUCAUUUGCCAUCUGACAUCUUGGAUCAAAAUUUGCUGAAUUUUUUACCAGAACAAGAGCAUUCAGAUGUCUAUAAAAUCUUAUCUAAAUGUAUGCGUGCAACAGAUUCCAUGUCGCUCACAGAUUUUAAUUCUGACACUGGUGUGGAGUUUUGCUGUCAUCUCUUACGCGGCACUUUAAACCCCAAGGAGUACACUACAUAUGAAUAUAUUAAGUUUGUAGGAAACUUUCGGUCAUGCAACAAUGUGCCUAACACUUCAUGCAACGGCUUUGAAGGAGCUGUUUCAAGAACAUACCGAUCGCUGCCUGGAAAGCAAAUGUGCUUGGUUGCAACUGUCCGACUUGCAACUCCUCAGUUUCUAAAGGAAAUGUGCAUUGUUGAGGAGUCCUUUGAGGAAUUCACGUCAAGACACAGUCUAGAAUGGAAGUUUCUAUUUCUAGAUCACAGAGCACCUCCAAUCAUUGGAUAUUUGCCUUUUGAAGUGCUUGGUACAUCUGGUUACGAUUAUUACCAUGUAGAUGACCUUGAAAUAUUGGCCAGGUGCCAUGAACACUUAAUGCAAUUUGGAAAGGGAAAGUCUUGCUGCUAUCGGUUUCUCACCAAAGGUCAACAAUGGAUAUGGCUUCAAACACAUUACUAUAUCACGUAUCAUCAAUGGAACUCCAAGCCUGAAUUUAUUGUAUGCACACACACUGUCGUGAGUUACGCUGAUGUACGGUUGAAAAGAAGAAAACAACUGAGUUUAGAAGAUGCGUCAAAUGCAGUCAUUGUCUCUCCGGCAGUAAAGGACAAGAACUUGAGUUUGGAUACUGAUGAACACUUUAAUGUACUAGAUGUUAGUGCUUCACUUCUUAAUUCUAGCCGCACACCAUCGAUAUCUUCAAGGAGUUCCCACAAAUCAUCACAAACCCCAAUGUCAGAGCCUGUAUCUACUGCCACGACGUUGAUUAGCGAUUCCUCCAAUGUUCAGGCCUUGCAAAGAAUAGCAAUCAUGCAACACGACUUAUCACUGAAAAGAAUGAGUCAGCCUGCCUCAAUCCAGGAGUCAGUGCCUACCCAACCGUGUGAUAUAAUUCAACAACCUUUGGUACAGCAAAUUAAUCUGCAGAAUCCAUCCACUCCUACAGCCCAGGUUUCAGUUCAGUUUGACAUGUUCCAGACUAUUAAGAGCCAGCUAGAGCAGAGAACGCAGAUUCUCCAGGCCAAUAUAAGGUGGCAACAGGAAGAACUCUACAAAAUCCAAGAACAAUUGAACAUGGUUCAGGACUCCAACUUACAGUUAUUUUACCAGCCACAAACAAUGUCUGUGAGCUUCAACAACUUGCAGCAAACGGAGCCUCAGCAAGCACAGGUCCAUCUGAUGCCUUCUAAUGGACCUCAAGGACAGAUGUCAUCUUCUCAGAUUCCAAGCCAGCAUCUGGUCCCAUCUCCUCAAAUACAGAGAGACUCAAACGUUAUCGCAAUUAAGGGACAUAAAUCUGUGCCGAGCAUGUCAGGAAUACAAAACAGUGGCCAGCCAUCAAACAGAAACUCUGCCUCUCAGCCCUGUGCAUCAACAAUAUUGUCCCAAGGUUUAAAUACAGCGCCAUCUUCUGGCUCACAUCAUGAUAGCAACCAGUGUCAUCCAGCUCCAGACUUCAGCCAUGACAAGCAAUUAAGAUUGUUGCUCAGUCAGCCUAUCCAGCCAAUGAUGCCAAGCCCUUGUAGCACAAGGCAAUCCACAGACACUGCACAUCAACCCAAAUAUUCCCAAAAUCCUCAAAUAUAUAGAAGUUUAGAGGUACAAACACCUAGCAGUAAUGCCCCUAUUGUAUUUGUGGGAUCAGCAAUUUUACACCCAGGAUUUUCAUCAACGCAUCAAUCGCAGCAACAAAACCUACAGCCUAUGCAAGUACAACAUCAGCAACAACAACACUGCCAGGUCCCAACAUCAAACUCCUUACAAAAUAAUCAACCAGCUUACUCCCAUCAACAUGUAACUUUGGCUUUUCAGCAGAAGCCACCGCUUACUGCAAGGAGAACUAACAGUCUAUCUGGAACAUCAGGAGUGUAAUAGCCUAAUAUAGUUAUAUUUUCACCGUGAACCUCAUUGAUUUGGGGAUUUUGUACAUUUCUGACCAAGUGUUAUCCGCAAUCCUGAAUAAGCUGCUGACAAUGGUGUAUUUGGUAUUGUGAGUCAAGUACUGGCCAACCUUGAUUAAUUCUUUCAUGCUCAAGGUUUUAAUGAGAAUGUUUGCCAAGCCAUCUUUCUUCACCGAGGACAAACUUUUCUUAACACACAAUGAAAAACAAAAACACUUUCAAUAACUGUGUGUGGCUUUUCAGUGUUUGUGAAACCACUGUGGUAAUGAAUGCAUUUUAGACAGGGGUGAGAGGAACAUACAGUACAAAGUAAAUAAAUGCUCCCAUGUUGCUGAAGAACAACGGAUUCUUUCAGAUUGUGCUAUCCGUUCCUGCUAUCUUACCACUGGUGACUUGCGUUUCAGGAUGAAUUGUUCAUAGUGGAGUCAUUGACUUUAUAGUCUUCUGCUCCAUGACAAGCUUUCUCCACAGUGGACUACCAGCAGCCUGCUUCGCUAGUCAGUUUGCCUUCGACACAUCAGCACUCAUUCUAAAGUUUUAAGAUGUUUGUUUUAAAUAUUCAAAAAUAUCUCUUAUUAGUGCUGGUGUGCAGCUGUCUCAUAAAGCAGUAAGAGUGCUGGAAGAAGCUUCUAGUAUGCUUUGUACGAGAGUUUAAUGUACAAUUGUAGUUUGCAUUCUGUUUUUGUUUUGUUUUUUGCUUUGUUUUUUUUUUUAUCACAGUCAGUGCCAUUACGUAUGUGUCCCUUGUGGAUAUAGAGACCUAAUAUCAGACAUUCAGGUCUGGUGACAUUUUACUUGGCUGUAUGUGGAAUAAGGGUUAUUCACUAAGUUAAUUAUAAACCUUAAGAGUAAUAUUAGUUACAGUUUAAAAGUUCCCAAUACUUUAUUUCCAAUUGACAUUAUUACUUUGAAAUUCCACCAGGGAAAACCCACACUGUUCCCUCAGAUGGUUCCCCAAGUUGAAGCAAUUUGGGGGAAGUUAAUAAAAAAAAGUUAAAAUUCUCAGGUUUUUCAUCUCAAUGAAAACGCUGCAAAAUGUGAGACUUCAAAUGGGACUUGUCAAAUAGUCUGUCACCUGUAAGGAUAUUAAUCAAUAUCUUAGAAAAACAAAUCUUCCUAUUUGUUAAUGUGGUAUUAAUUAUGAUAUGCUCAGGAAUUUUUGUUGUCUUGGAAAUUAUGAACUACUUAAACAGAAAGUGGUAACUAAAUGUAUAGGUCGUUUUAAACUCUGUUGAUUAAUGUGUUUGUUCAGUAAAGAGUGAAUUUUGUGAAUUUUGGUGACAUGCCUACCAACGUUCGUAAUGUAUACCAAAAUAGAUUAGGUAGACAAAAACUUCACACCUUUU